UUCUUCUCUCUCUGGAAAAAAAACUGAGGAAGAAAAAAAAAAAAAAAAAAAACCAUCAAUGCCUUUCUCUCUCUAAAGUUUUGCUACACACUUCACAUUCAUUCUUUGCUUCCUCCUUUUAUAUCACGAGAUCCCUAUCUCUUUCUUUCUUUCUUUCCCUUUUUUUUUUUUUUUUGUAGAUGUCUUGUUCGGAGUGUUGGGGGUUUUGUUCUGGGUUGGGUUGGUGGUGGAGGUGUGUUGGUGGUUUUGCUGGGAGGCAUUGGUGAGGUGGGGAGUGAGGGAUAACGCGAGUUAGUUUUGAUUUUGGGAGAGAAAAUCGGGGGACCCCUUUUGGUGUGUCGGUGGGAAAAUGUCGCAUUCCGGGAAACCCAUUUCGGAGGUAGGGUUGGGUGCAGUGGCGGAUCGGUUUCGGGAGACGUUAAACUGCGACAGCAACAAGCCUGAUUUUAAGGAACUCGAUCUGGGCUCGCCGGUAUCGCCGCUGCGGACUCGACGGAGUGGCCCGGCCGGGAGUGGAGUCACCACUACCAGCAGUAGCUCCAGUUCGUCCGGAUCGGUGUCAGGCCGGAAUGCGAACAACCAGCUUGCGAAACGAGCGGAUGGCGCCGGAAACAACCACUCCGGCGAGCUUUCAGGGUCGAGCGAGAGUAGCCCGACGGCCGCCGAGAGCGUUCGAUCUGGCGGGGCUUCUAGGAAUUUUAAGCCCGGCCACGGGAGGUCCGAUUCCGGUGGCGCCCACCCGUUAAUCUAUUCCGGCGGUGGCUCCGUGAAUUCUCCGUCCGUCAACGUUUUCCCGACGGGCAACAUUUGUCCAUCUGGGAAGAUUUUGAAAACUGGCAUGGCCAAUCGGAGCUCGAGAAGCGACGUUUUGGGGUCCGGAAUGGGCAAUUACGGCCACGGCAGCAUAAUGCGGGGCGGCGCCGCCCCAAAAUCCGGCGAUCCUGGCGUCACAUAUUCAAAGGGCAAUGCCGGUUGCGAAUCUGCGAAGAGGGCAAUGUCGAGUUUGGAUCCAGAAGAGGUGAAACAGGCCGGGAAUGAUCAAUACAAAAGGGGCCAUUUUCGAGAGGCAUUGAGCUUUUACGAUCGAGCAAUUGCAUUGUCUCCGGGAAAUGCCGCUUACCACAGCAACCGGGCGGCGGCAUUGACGGGUCUACGCCGGUUGCCGGAGGCGGUGAGGGAAUGUGAGGAGGCCGUGAGGUUGGAUCCAGGGUAUUGGAGAGCUCAUCAGCGUUUAGCAUCACUUUACCGUAGGUUAGGGCAAGUAGAAAAUGCGAGGAGGCACCUUUUUGUUCCUGGGCAGCAACCUGAUCCAGCAGAGUUACAGAAGUUACUAGAAGUAGAGAAGCAUCUUAGUAAAUGCUCUGAUGCCAGGAGGAUCGGUGAUUGGAGGAGUGCAUUGAGGGAAGGUGAUGCUGCCAUUGCUGCUGGAGCUGACUCUUCUCCCCAGAUCUUUACGUGUAGAGUAGAAGCCCAUUUAAAGCUCCAUCAACUUGACGACGCAGAAUCAAACUUAUCAUACAUUCCCAAAUCUGAACCAUCAGGACAAUCAUCCUCACAGGCUAAGUUUUUUGGGAUGCUUUCUGAAGCUUACCUACAUUUUGUUCAGGCCCAGAUUGAGAUGGCAUUAGGAAGGUUUGAGAAUGCAGUUACAGCUGUGGAGAAAGCUGGGCAGAUUGAUCCCCGCAAUGUUGAAGUUGCUGUGCUUCUCAACAAUGUGAGGAUGGUUGCAAGAGCUCGUGCCCGUGGCAAUGAUCUCUUCAAAUCUGAAAGGUUCACUGAAGCUUGCGCUGCAUAUGGUGAAGGCCUCAGGCUGGAUCCUUCCAACUCUGUUCUUUAUUGCAACAGAGCAGCUUGCUAUUAUAAGCUUGGAAUGUGGGAACGAUCUGUUGAUGACUGCAAUCAGGCCCUCUACAUCCAACCCAAUUACAUGAAAGCUCUUCUCCGAAGGGCUGCCUCAUACAGCAAGCUAGAAAGGUGGGUUGAUGCUGUCAGAGAUUAUGAGCUUUUGAGGAGGGAACUCCCAAAUGACAAUGAUGUAGCUGAGUCUCUAUUCCAUGCCCAAGUUGCAUUGAAGAAAUCGCGUGGGGAAGAAGUCUAUAAUAUGAAGUUUGGUGGCGAAGUGGAGGACGUAUCAGGUCUUGAGCAGUUCAAGUCUGCAAUAUCUUCACCUGGUGUGUCCAUUGUCCUUUUCAAAGCAGCCACCAAUCCGCAAAGCGAGCAGAUAUCUCCGUUUGUAGACACCCUUUGUGGUCGAUACCCAUCAUUAAGUUUUCUCAAGGUUGAUGUGGAACAGAGCCCAGCAAUAGCAAGUGUAGAGAAUGUCAGGAUACUGCCAACAUUCAAGAUCUAUAAAAAUGGUAGCCGAGUGAAGGAAAUCAUCUGCCCUACUCGCGAAGUGUUGGAAUCCUCGGUGAGGCAUUACGGUUUUUAGAACACAUGACUUUACUGUAGUACCACUGUUUGUCACCCGGAUUAUGCUUUUUCCUCUUGCUCUUCACCUCCAUGGGGGAGAGACACACCUCCCACAGCUGCCCCCGCCCCCUUCCUCACCCCAGCUCUCCUCCUACUAUACAAGGACUAUCAGUUAUCUGUGACAUAAUCAGAGCAAAUCUACAUUACAUAAUAAUCCCCCAUUUGGACCCAGUUCCAUCGGAACCCAGAGAAGAGAGAUAGCUUUAGAGUUCCCCUUUUGCAGUUUCCAUUUCAUUCAUUCAUUCCCCCAUUGCUCUCUGGUUUCCAUCUUCUUUCCUCUCGCCUCUUUUUUCUAUUCUCCGGUUUCGGGUAGGCCAGCAGCCCAGUUCUUGUAUCCCCAUCUUCCAUUCAAACGUCAAUAGUAUCCCAGAACCUUGUACAAUUCACUACAUUUGCUCAUUAGCUGAAGAAAGUUGAAGGAUAGACAGAGAGAGAGGCUUUGGCUGGUGGCUGUCUUGUAGAAGAGGGUAUGUUACCAUGUAUAUAUGUGAUGAUAUAUACAAAAGAGGAAAAAAAAAAAAAAAACCAUUGGGGAAGGCAUGACAGGGAGAUUGGAAGUUGUCUGUCUGUUUGGGUACCUAGAAAAUUGUUGGGUUAGGGAAAGAAAAGGAUGAAUAUGACGAUGAUGAUGUUAUUGAUAUUGUUGUUUCUUUUAUCUCAACCAUUUCAUCAAUAAAAGCUCUCAUUUUUUUUCUCUGUUC